AUGGCUGAGGGCAUGUUCUAUAAUGCGACAAAUGGCUACGUCGAAGGCAUAGUCCGUGGCUACCGCAACACACUCCUCACCGGCCAAAACUACGGCAACCUCACUCAGUGCGAGAACAUCGAUGACGUCAAACUCCAGCUCGGUCCAGCGUACGGCGACUUCCUCGCCUCCCUCGCGCCCAACCCAUCAACGUCUGCACUCGCCGAUAAGCUGCUCGAUAAACUCGUCGCAGAGUUCCGAUAUGUCCAGGCGCAGGCGACGGGCAGUCUUGCCAAAUUCAUGGAAUACCUGACCUACGCCUACAUGAUCGACAACGUUGCGCUAUUGAUUACCGGUACUCUCCACGAACGAGACACGAAAGAGCUGCUAGAGCGAUGUCACCCGCUGGGCUGGUUUGAGACGAUGCCUGUACUAUGCGUGGCGGCGAAUAUCGAAGAGCUGUACAAUUCGGUGCUGAUCGAGACACCGCUGGCGCCAUACUUCAAGGGGUCACUCUCCCACCAAGAUCUCGAUGAGCUCAAUAUUGAGAUCAUCAGGAACACACUUUACAAGAACUACCUGGAAGACUUCCACCAUUUCGUGAACACCGCGCCCGGUAUUGCAGGCACGCCCACACAGGACGUGAUGAGCGAAAUCCUCGAGUUUGAAGCCGACCGAAGAAGCAUAAACAUCACGCUCAACAGCUUUGGCACAGAAUUGAGCAAGCAAGAUCGCAAGAAGCUGUACCCGAAUUUUGGACGUCUACACCCAGAAGGUACCCUGAUGCUGAGCAGGGCGGAUGAUGUGGAAGGCGUACGGAUAGCGGUCGACGGCGUCCACGACUACCGGACCAUGCUGGACCAGACAGGCAUGGGCGGCAACUCCAUCGGAAACCAGAGCGGCGGCAUUGGAGGUGACGAGGGCAAGAGUCUGGAAGAUUUGUUCUAUCAGAAGGAGAUGGAGCUGAGCAAAAUGGCAUUCACAUACCAAUUUACACACGCCGUAGUAUAUGCUUGGGUGAAGCUGCGGGAACAGGAAGUACGAAACAUUACAUGGAUCUCGGAAUGCAUUGCCCAAAAUCAAAAAGAUCGCGUCAACAACUAUAUCAGCGUGUUUUGA